AUGCUUAGCCUUAUACUUCUUUUGUUAUGGUCCACAGUCCUAUGUCGUGAAUUCAAAAAUAAUGCUGUGUGCGAUGUAGUUGGUCUCCGAACACGACCACCUCAGUACUUGGAGGUAAACUGCGACGAACGUCGGCAUUUAUGUGAGAAAACUCAUCGAGUUUAUGGUGAAAUGGAAGAAUCAGUUUCAUUUGGUGGAACGAGCAAGGUGACAAGAAGAGCUUCUCGAUUGGGGACACCUUUUUCUCGAAGCAGUUCAUUACGAUAUUCAAUAACUACAAUUCCCAUCCAUCUAAAAGAACUUCUUCAAAAGGAAAGUGUUUCUCGGCAGAUCCGUGCCGCGAAAGCUGUUUCUCUGAUUCUGUCUUCUUUUCUGCUAUGUUGGCUGCCAUUUUUGGUUAUGUGGCCUGUGAAGCUUUAUUGUAGGAACUGCAUAUCAGACUGGGUUUACGCUGUGGCCGUAUUUCUCAACUACUUUUGCUCAGCUCUCAAUCCACUAUUAUACGCCUUGUCUAGUCCACGAAUCCGGGUUCUUAUAACGACCAAACUCAAUUUACUUGGUUGUUCUAUGUCCAGACGCUCUGGAACUUCUGAUGUUUGA